AUGGUGACUAUGGCCGGCACCCGCACCGCCCUGGUCCUGUUAGGGUACGAGGGCUUGGAUUCUGGUCCCAGGCCGGUGGCGCCGAGCCGCAGCAGCAGGCUACGCGUCGUCGCCGUCGCGCUGCGGACCAGGCCCACCACCAGACUAGCGGUCCCGGGCCCGCCGCCCCCGGCGCCGGCGGCGGAGCCCGUGCUGCCGUCGCCGCCCGUGUCCGCAGGCGCCGCGGCGGUGCUGCUGGAGGCUGGCGUGCCGCCCGCGGACCUCCGGCGCGCGGCGGGGAUGUGCCCGGAGCUGCUGUCCGUGCCCGCGGAGGCCAUCGAGGCCGCGCUCCGGUUCCUGACGGAGGAGGCGGGCGUCCCGGCGUCCGACCUCCCGCGCGUGCUGCGGCGGCGCCCGCGCCUGCUCGUGUCCCCCGUCGCGGCGCGGCUGCGGCCCACGCUCUACUUCCUGCGCGCGCUCGGCGUUCCGGACCUGCACCGCCGCGCCGACCUGCUGUCUUUCUCCGUGGAGGACAAGCUGCUGCCGCGGAUCGAGUUCCUCGAGUCGCUGGGCCUUCCGGCCCGCGCCGCGCGCUCCAUGGCGCGCCGCUUCCCGGCGCUCUUCGCCUACGGCGUGGACGGGAACAUGCGGCCCAAGGCGGAGUACCUCCUGGGCGCCAUGGCCCGCCGCGCCGACGAGCUGGUCGACUUCCCCGAGUACUUCUCCUACGCGCUGGCCGCGCGCAUCGUGCCGCGCCACGAGGCGUGCGCCGCCUCCGGGGUCAGGCUGCCGCUCCCCGCCAUGCUCCGCCCCGGGGACGCCAAGUUCCGCGCCACGCUCGCCAGCUGCGUCGGGUCCAUGCUGCCCCGGAGGCGGUCGCCGCUGUGGCACGCCACGUGGGUGGACGACGACGACGCGACGGCGGCGGGCAAGGAGACGAUGGUGUGA